AUGUCGGUGAACGCAAACUUCGCGUCGCCCACUGCGGAUGCUCAAUUCGCGCCUUCAACGGACUUCGUUAAGAACAAUCUCGCGUUCUCAAUCCUAGCGCACAUAAACGGAUGGUCGGCCCUUUUGACUAUAAUCCUGGUCGCUAUCGCUUACGAUCAGUUCAAAUACAUCUUGAAUAAGGGUUCAAUCGAGGGGCCUGCGUGGAAAGCACCAUUCAUUGGUCCAUUCCUAGAAUCUGUUAAUCCUAAAUUCGAGAAAUAUUAUGCCAAAUGGAUGAGCGGGCCGUUGAGCUGCGUUUCUGUCUUUCACAAGUUCGUUGUCAUUGCCUCCACUCGCGACAUGGCCCGCAAAGUCUUCAAUUCGCCCUCAUUCGUCAAACCCUGCGUGGUUGAUGUUGCUCACAAGCUCUUACGUCCAAACAAUUGGGUUUUCCUCGAUGGCAAGGCACACGUUGAUUAUCGCAAGGGUCUCAAUGGUCUGUUCACUCGUCAGGCUCUUGAGAUGUACCUGCCAGGACAGGAGGAAAUUUACAACCUGUACUUCGCGCGAUUUCUUAAGGUCACCGAGGAGGCCAAUGGAAAGCCUGUGCAGUUUAUGCCCGAGUUCCGGGAGCUGCAAUGCGCCGUAUCCAUGCGAAGCUUCGUCGGUCACUACAUGCCCGACGAAUCGGUGAAAAAGAUUGCGGACGACUACUAUCUAAUUACUGCCGCUUUGGAACUGGUCAACUUUCCUAUCAUCAUUCCUUUUACGAAGACAUACUGGGGUAAAAAGGCUGCGGACAUGGUACUUGAGGAGUUCUCUAAGUGCGCUGCAAAGAGCAAGGUCAGAAUCGCUGCGGGAGGUGAACCCAACUGCAUUCUAGAUGCCUGGGUACUGCAGAUGGUCCAGUGUGAGAAAUACCGUCAAAAGAUCGCGCAAGGAAUCGAUGUCCCGCAAUCUGAGAAGCCAUCAAUGCUUAUCCGCGAAUUCACCGACUUCGAGAUUUCCAUGACCCUUUUCACCUUCCUUUUCGCAUCUCAGGACGCGACUUCGAGCGCUUGCACUUGGUUGUACCAACUCAUGGCUGAUCAGCCUCACUAUCUUGAAAGGGUCCGCGAGGAGAACUUGCGCCUACGCAACGGCGACCGUAAUGCACCCCUCAGCAUGGAUAUGCUGGAAAACAUGACAUUUACUCGCGCCGUUGUCAAGGAGACUCUACGUUACCGGCCACCUGUGCUCAUGGUACCUUACGUUGCGAAGAAGGCUUUCCCCAUCACCGACACAUAUACUGCGCCCAAGGGCUCCAUGGUAAUUCCAACGACUUACCCUGCGCUUCACGACCCGGAAGUCUACCCCAACCCAGAUACAUUUGAUCCCGAUCGAUGGAUCACUGGCGAUGCCGAGAAGCAAGUCAAGAACUGGCUUGUUUUUGGAACCGGACCCCAUUACUGUCUCGGCCAGGUCUACGCUACACACAAUCUCAUGGCCAUGAUUGGUAUGGCGAGUAUGUUUCUUGACUGGAAACAUACUGUCACAGAGAAGUCGGAAGAGAUCAAGGUGUUCGCAACCAUCUUUCCGAUGGAUGACUGCUACCUCACGUUCUCGAAGCGCGAGGCUUGA